AUGCUCUCUUGUCUCCUCCCCGUGAGCGUGCAGGUGGCUCUGGCGGUGGAGAUGGCAUCCUGUCUACCGAUGCUCGGCCCUCUCUUGGCCCUGCUGUUUGUGCUCUGCGGGCUGCUGGUCCACGGCCAGAACCUGUCCUGGAGGGCGUUCAUGGAGCAGCACUACCUGAGCACAAGCUGGAAGUUCAGCGACUACAGAUGCAACGAUCUCAUGAGGGAAAGAGAAGCUCCAGAGGACAGGAACGGUCACAUCUUCAUCUAUACCUUGUGGCACAAAAUCGAGCAUAUUUGCCUCAGGAAGUGGAGAGAUCCUUACAGAAACGUAUAUAUAUGGGCCCAGCAUCCCUUCCUAAUACUCCGGUGCUACCGGGAGAAGAACAGAAAGGGCUACAGAGAGCACAGCAGCUACAGCUACCUGGAAUUCCACUGUGGCGGGAACGGGUAUGUUGAUGGCAUAGAGGACAUCCGGGUGGUACACAUCAAAAAAUAG